CAGCUGAGACGGAAGCCCAAGUGCGGUGCGGAGUACCCACGCCGCCAUGGCCGCCGGACAGCCGCAGCUGCUCGCCGGCGUCGGCGACCGGGGCUCCUCAUCCUCCUCCUCCUCUUCCCACCCGCCGCCACCGCCUCCGCCCAAGAUCCUCCUCGCGAAGCCGCCUCUGCCGCCCCCCUCGUCCUCCGGCGCCGACGACGAGGGCGCUGGCGCCCGCGCGCGGCAGGGGCCGCAGCCUGGCUCGCUCAGCCUCACCAGUCGUUUAAGAUAUGUCUCGUGUUCUUCCUUUUUGCAGUAUCUGACGGAGAACAACGAUUUCAUGGUGAUCGGGAUAAUCGGUCCACCUGGUGUGGGCAAGUCAACCAUCAUGAACGAGCUUUAUGGAUAUGAUGGAAGCUCACCUGGAAUGCAUCCUCCUUUUGCUACGCAAACUGAGGAAAUCAAAGCGAUGGCAAAGCACUGUACUACAGGUGUUGAUUUCAGGAUAUCUCACGAACGAGUUAUACUUCUCGACACUCAGCCAGUAUACAGUCCAUCCAUCCUAAUGGAUAUGAUGAGGCAAGAUGGUUCAUCUUCACUUCCUGUUCUUAACGGUGAUCCAUUACCAGCAGACCUGGCCCAUGAGCUAAUGGGAAUCCAGCUUGGUGUUUUCUUGGCAUCUGUCUGUAAUAUUGUGUUGGUUGUGUCAGAAGGGAUCAAUGAUUUUUCCAUGUGGGAGCUCAUGCUUACGGUUGAUUUGUUGAAGAAUAACAUACCUGACCCAUCAUUGUUAACAUCAUCUACAUCAGACAAGGAAAAUAAGAGUGAUAACCAAUCAGGCAGUGAAGAUUACAUGGCCGAUCUCUGUUUUGUGCAUGCUAGAUUGAGGGAGCAUGACUUUUCUCCUUCAAAGCUCAUGCGUCUACGGGAGACUCUUGAAAAACACUUUGAGUCCUCUUCAUUUAACAUUGGCAGCUCUGGUGCGACACCUGAAGUUACUGAUUCCUCGGUUGCUCCAAGCACGAAAGUUGAAGAGUUGAGCUCCAGCCAGCAGGACGUAUUCCUUCUUCCAUUAAGAUCACAUGAUAACUCAGCAAAGUUAGAGUAUGGGACAUACUCAUCCAUGCUAGGAAAGCUUCGUGAUCAGGUCCUGGCGAGGCCGUUGAGGCCGUUCUCGAAGAACCUCACAGAGCGCGACUGGCUGAGGAGCUCGGCCAAGAUAUGGGACAUGGUGAGGAGAUCUCCCGUCGCCUCGGACUACUGCAAGGCGCUCCAGAGUUCAGGAUUGUUCAGGAAGUAGCCACAUGUGCGUUGUAAUGUCCUCGAUUCAACCGACCUGAGACACAAUUUGAAUCGCUGUUAGAUGAGACGAUUGGCUCGAUCCGCCAUAUGAUGAUGUAUGGAUCCCAUGUUUGUUUUCUUCUUCCGUUCUUCGAGUUUCGGCAUUGUAAAUCCGAAAGAUUCCGGGAGAAGAAAAUUUCCAACCUUGGUGCUGUC